UGGUAAUAUCCUCUACAUACAUGGUCGAUUCCAUCUCUCGUUUCAGCGUUUACUGUAUUUGAAGGAAGGUUCAGCAUUUUGUGCAGGGCAAGCCGACUCUGUGAGUGAGAGAGAGAGAGAGAGAGAGAGAGAGAAUGGGUAGAGCCUUUCUGUAUGUAAUUCUUGGGGGAGGGGUUGCCGCUGGUUAUGCAGCGCUUGAGUUCACCAGAAGAGGUAUCGGUCAUGGAGAACUAUGCAUUAUCUCUGAGGAGCCUGUUGCACCAUAUGAGCGACCAGCAUUGAGCAAAGGAUUUCUACUUCCAGAAGAUCCGGCUCGCCUGCCAUCAUUUCAUACUUGUGUUGGUGCCCAUGAGGAGAGACUGACACCAAAAUGGUAUAAGGAACAUGGAAUUGAAUUGGUUCUUGGAACUCGCGUAAUGUCUGCUGAUGUGAGGCGUCAAACACUUUUGACAUCAUCAGGAGAAACUAUCAGCUACAAAACUCUGAUCAUAGCAACAGGUGCUCGGGCAUUGAAGCUUGAAGAAUUUGGAGUGAUGGGUUCUGAUGCUCCAAAUGUUUGUUACCUGCGCAAUUUGGCUGAUGCAUCUAGACUCGUCAAUGUAAUGCAGUCUGCUGCUGGUGGAAAGGCUGUUGUGAUUGGUGGUGGCUACAUUGGCAUGGAAUGUGCUGCAUCUCUUGUCACAAAUAAAAUCAGUGUGACCAUGGUCUUCCCAGAAGAACAUAUAAUGGCUCGUUUAUUUACGCCUACAAUUGCUGCUUUCUAUGAAGAUUACUACAGUUCAAAAGGAGUGGAGUUCAUUAAAGGCACUGUUUUAUCAUCAUUAGAAACUAAUUCUCUUGGCCAGGUGGUAGCAGUGAACCUGAAGGACGGCCGGAGGCUCCCGGCAGACAUGGUGGUGGUGGGCAUUGGCAUCCGCCCCAACACCAUGCUCUUUGAGGGUCAGCUCACAAUAGAUGAGAAAAAUGGCGGGAUCAAAGUUGACGCCAAGAUGCAAACUAGCAACCGAAGCGUGUACGCUGUUGGUGAUGUCGCCUCCUUUCCCCUCCCUCUUCUUGGCAGCAGGAACCGCCGCCUCGAGCAUGUUGACUGUGCACGCAAGUCUGCCAUUCAUGUUGUUUCUUCCAUAAUGGACCCCAAGGACACUGGAAAUUUCGAUUACCUGCCUUUCUUCUAUUCUAGGGUCUUCACUCUCUCUUGGCAAUUUUAUGGGGACAAUGCAGGUGAGGUUGUGCAUUUUGGAGAUCUUUCUUCUUUUCAAGGGCCAUUUGGGGCAUAUUGGGUUAAUGGGAAGGGUCAGAUAGUGGGGGCUUUUCUUGAGGGAGGGAGCAAGGAUGAGUAUGAGGCCAUAGCUAGGAUUUGUAGAGUGCAGCCAGUUGUGGGGGACAGGCUUGAUCUGGCGAGUCGCGGGUUGGAGUUUGCGGUGUCAGGCGAUUACGGGCCCCCACUUUCAGCGGGAGAUGAUAUGGGGUUGGUUGUGGAGAGGCAAUUGUAUGCAUGGCAUGCGGCAGCCGGGGUGUUGGUGGCAUUCUCGAUUUCAGCCUUCGCAUAUUGGUAUGGGAGGCGGAGACGAAGGUGGUGAGAGGCGUUGCUGCCUGAAGACCAGCAGCCAAUGUAUUGUAGACGAGCUUUUACUCACUGUCUGCAUUGUUUGUAGCAUAUGAUGUUGAAACAUUGCAUACAUGAUGAUUGGACUGCUCCCCUUAGAUAAAAAUGAAUAUUGAGGGAAAUUACAAGGGUGCCUCUGAUUUUCAGAAAUUUGACUGGCUGCCAUUUUGCUGUCUCCUCCCCUGCCAACUCUCGCAUCAUAUUGUUUUUAGCAUUUGAUAUUGCAGCAUUACAAAGUU